GCUUUCCCCGUCGCAUAGCCGCCGCGUGCCGCCACUCACUGCCGACACUUUCCCCGUCGCUUGGUGCGCCACCCCGUGCCCCAUGGCAUAUCCGGCGCGGCCAUAUAAGCCGGCGUAACCGGGGCCAGUUCACAGUUCACUCACAGCUCUCUUCUUCGUCCUCUGCACUCCCACUCCCACUCCUGCACAUCUCGGACAACGCAGGCGGCCAUGGAGGACGGCGCCGCGAGGGCGGCGGCGGUGCAGAAGCUGAUGGCGGCGAAGGCCAAGUCCGGCAAGAGCUUCUCCGACAUCGGUGCCGAGACGGGGCUCACCAACGUGUACGUCGCGCAGCUGCUACGCCGCCAGGCGCAGCUCAAGCCCGACACGGCGGCCUCGCUGCGGGCGGCCAUCCCGGCGCUCAGCGAGGAGCUCGUGGACCUCAUGAUGCAGCCCCCCUUCCGGUCCUACAACCCGGAAAUGGUCCACGAGCCCGCCAUAUACAGACUGAAUGAAGCUAUCAUGCAUUUUGGAGAGAGCAUCAAGGCAAUCAUCAAUGAGGACUUUGGUGAUGGAAUCAUGUCGGCUAUAGACUUCUACUGUACGGUCGACAAAGUUAAAGGGACUGAUGGAAAAGACCGUGUGGUGCUCACAUUUGAUGGGAAGUAUCUGCCUCACACUGAACAGAAAGCCGCGAAUAUGAUGUCGAAGUUGCCCUGCAAAGCACCUUGAGAGAAUGAGAUGGCUGGUACUGGGAGAAGGGGGAUAUGUAGCUUCACUAAUGUCUGCUUAUACUUCAGACAAAAAAAUUGAGCGUCCCUUUUCUAGUCUGAAUGAUCGACCAAAUAAAGAGUGGUCAUAUAGUAUGUAAUGUCUGCUUGUACUUUGGACCUGGAACAGCACUCGACAUGCUUUUCCUCGUCUGAAUGAUCGGCUAAAUAAAGUGGCAAUAUAGUUUGUAAUCCCUGCUUGUACUUCAGACUUGAAGUGUAACUCAGCAUGAUUUAUAGUCUGGAUUGUCGAUAAGAUAAA